AUGAAGUUCAUUAUUUUACUGCAAUUAUUUAUUCUCGGGCUUUUCUCAGAAGUCGUUUUAACAUCUACAUUAAUCGCUAGAAACAGAGAUAAACGUCAGGAACAAGAGGAUAAAUGUCCUGCUAAAUCAAUACCACAUUGGUACCAUUGUAUGAUUAAAAAUCAAAUCGCGAGUCUGGAUAAUGAAUGCGAUCCAUAUGCUCAAUGUACUAUUUGGCCUGAUGUGGCUGGGGAUGCUUAUUUUGUUCAAUGUCAAACUUCAUCUCCUUUCUGCAACUUUGGUACUUAUCCAAUUCCAACUUUACAGUUUACUUGUAGCCAAGAUACCAUAAUUGAAACAUCAAAUGAUAAAUGUACAUUUUCUUGCAAUAACUGUUUUACUAAUCCUGAUUAUGCAAGUAAUCCAAGUACAAUAAUCUGUACUGGCUGUUAA